ACUCAAUAACACAUUCAAAUAUUACAUCAGAAAAAGUAACUCUCUUUCCCUCUCUCAGCAAAGAAAAGCAAAGAUGUUUAUGAAGAAACUGGUGGAGAAAGCUUCCAUCAAGAAGACAAAUGAUGGAGAAGUAGGUGUGAAAGGGUCUGAUGUGGAGCCAAGGCUUGUAUUCCAUCAUGGAAUACCUUCAACUUCUACCAUCUUUGCUUAUGAUCCUAUUCAAAACAUACUCGCCAUUUCUACCAAGGAUGGCCGGAUUAAGUUAUUUGGAAGAGACAAUACUCAAGCUAUACCUCUUCAAUCUCAGGAAGCUCAGCCAUCCAAGUUUCUCCAGUUCUUUCAUAACCAAAGCACCCUUGUCAAUGUAACUUCCAAGAACUGCAUUGAGGUUUGGGACAUCGCAAAUAAGACACUAUCUCAUGUGCUGCACCCUCUUCAACAAGAGAUUACCUCUUUCACUGUGCUGCAGCAAAGUCAGUUUAUCUACGUUGGAGACACUGCUGGUAAUGUCUCAGUUUUGAAGCUUGAAAAAGAAGUGUCAAGUAUUGUAAAAACCAAUUACAGCAUACCCUUUUCAACUUCUCAUGGGAAAUCCACUGAAGUUUCUGGUGAAAAUGCUGCUGUGGUCAAUAUUCUGCCCCAACCAAUGGCUGAAAGUAAGAGGGUUCUGAUAGUGUUCAGAGAUGGCGUGAUAACGCUAUGGGAUAUUCGAGAAAGCAAAGCCGUGUUCACAACAGGUGGAAACUUCUUGCAGUCUCUACACCAUGAAGCAACGAAAGCGACUUGUGCGUGCUGGGCUUGCCCGUUUGGAACCAGAGUUGUUGUUGGUUACAACAAUGGGGAGAUCUUUGUUUGGAGUGUUCCUCCCAUCUCGAACUCAAGAACUGGAUUAGCAUCAGACUCGACCAUUACUCAGAAUGUUCCAAUAUGUAAACUCAAUGUUGGAUAUAAGCUCAACAAAGUUCCUAUAGCUUCAUUGAAAUGGUCCUAUGCAGAUGGGAAGGCAAGUCGACUUUAUGUGACAGGUGACUCAAACUUCGAUUGUGAAAACUUGUCUCAGCAGGUGAUUCUGUUGAAUGAGCAUACCGAAUCUCGCACCAUCAAACUUGGCCUUCAUUUGCCGGAGCCAUGUAUUGAAAUGGAGAUAAUCUCAAGCUCCAAUGACCAGAACAAACAUAGACAGGAUUACCUCAUUUUUCUGGGGAAAUCAGGCCAUGUUUAUGCCUAUGAUGAUUCUUCCAUUGAAAAGUAUCUUCUACAAUGCCAAUCCAGGUCACAGCAGUCACUCCCUAAGGAGGUUAUGGUGAAGUUGCCAUUUUCUGAUUCCAGCAUUACUGUAGCCAAGUUUAUCACAGAUAAUCCAUGUUUAGGAUUGGCUGAUGAGGAUUAUGUUAUGCUGGCAAAAGAUAUGUCUCAUAUGUUUUCCUCAGAUGCAAAGCCAAGAGAUGGAUCAUCAUCAUCAUCAUAUCAGUUUAGUGGAUUUUUAAGGGUUAAGAACCUGUACAUAACCGGACACAGUAAUGGAGCCAUAACUUUUUGGGAUGUGUCAUCCCCAGUUUUUAUUCCAAUUUUUUCAAUAAAACAACAGAGUGAAGAAGAUUCUUCUUUGAGUGGUAUAGCAGUCACAGCUUUGUUUUUUGAUGGUAACUCUCGGCUUCUUGUUUCUGGAGACCAAAGUGGAAUGGUUCGAAUUUACAAACUUAAACCCGAGCCAUAUGCCACAGAGAACAGCUUUUUGUCUCUUCAAGGAAGUACAAAGAAAGGAAAUAGUCAUGUUAUUCAAAGCAUUAAGCUCUUAAAGACCAAUGGUCCUGUUCUUUGUAUGAAUAUAAGCCACAACUCAAAACAUCUUGCUGUUGGGUCUGAUCAAGGACAUGUUUCAGUAAUUGAUAUAGAGGGUCCAAUCGUGUUAUAUCGACAACAUAUUGAAAGUGAAAUAAUCACUGGAAUCAUCUCACUGCAAUUUCAAACCUGCAGCCUACAUGGUUUUGAGAAGAAUGUGCUAGCAGUAGGGACCAAGGAUUCAUCUGUUUUAGCUCUAGAUAGUGAUACUGGGAACAGACUAAGUGCUAGCACAGUUCGUCCAAAGAAGCCUUAUAAAGCUCUAUUCAUGCAUAUAUUUGAUGGGCAAGGUUUUGAUACAAGUAAGGGGAAUGCAACUGAGGAUGCAAUGCCAAAGCAACCAUUACUAUUGCUAUGUUCUGAGAAGGCUUUGUAUUUGUAUUCCUUCACUCACAUCAUACAGGGAGUUAAGAAAGUCAUCUGCAAGAAGAAGUUUCAAUCCUCUUGUUGUUGGGCAUCCACAUUCUAUAGUUCCAAAGAAGUUGGCCUUAUAACCCUAUUCAUCAAUGGAAAAAUUGAGAUAAGGUCAUUGCCAGAGUUAAACCUACUAAAGGAGAGUUGGAUAAAAGGCUUCACUUAUUCUACUCCAAAACCAAACUCACUUUCUGACACUACAAUAUGCUCAUCAUUAGAAGGAGAUAUUGUUAUGAUGAAUGGUGAUCAGGAAAUAUUCGUCGUCUCGGUUUUGUGUCACAAGAAAGUAUUCAGACUAUUGGAGACUUUUAGCCAAAUCUACCAAAAAGAUCUGGUGGUUUCACAAGGACAUGUAUCAGCAGGACAAAUCAUCCACAAGGAAAAGAAGAAGGGUAUAUUUAGCUCUGUCAUUAAAGAUAUUACUGGCAGUAAAUCAAAACCUGCCCCUGAUACCAUGGAAACAGAAGAUACUAGGCAAAGUUUUAAAGAGCUUGAAACAGUCUUUUCAACAAAUAACAUUCCAGGUGAUGCUGAGCAUAGAGAUAACAUAGCUGUGGAUGAAGAUGAGGUUGAAUUGGACAUAGAUGACAUCGAUAUCGAGGGAGAAAAGCCUAAGGAACAGAAUAUGUUGGCUGCUCUAAAUAAACAAAACCUGGCUAACAAAUUUCAAGCUUUAAAAGGUAAACUGAAGCAUAUGAAAACCAAGAAUGAGAAAAACCCCACCAAGGAAGAACACCGAGAUGAUAAGCCUGGUACAGUUGAUCAAAUCAAGAAGAAAUAUGGGUUUUCUAAAGCUGGUGAAACAAGUGAUGCUAAACUUGCUGAACGCAAGCUGCAAGAGAAUGUGAGAAAGUUGCAGGAUAUCAACUUGAAAACCACAGAAAUGCAAGAUACAGCUAAGUCGUUCUCAUCUUUGGCCAAACAAAUGCUACAAACUGAACAGGACAGACGAGGCUCAUAAUCCCUUUUUGAGUCCAGCUCAUCAUGGGUGGAAAAACAU